CUCUCCUUUGCAGCACCUGCUACUGAUCUUGACCAUGAAGGCUGUGCUGCUUGCCCUGUUGAUGGCAGGCUUGGCCCUGCAGCCAGGCACUGCCCUGCUGUGCUACUCCUGCAAGGCCCAGGUGAGCAACGAGGACUGCCUGCAGGUAGAGAACUGCACCCAGCCGGAGGAGCAGUGCUGGACCGAGCGCAUCCGCGCAGUUGGCCUCCUGACCGUCAUCAGCAAAGGCUGCAGCUUGAACUGCGUGGAUGACUCACAGGACUACUACGUGGGCAAGAAGAACAUCACGUGCUGUGACACCGACUUGUGCAACGCCAGCGGGGCCCGUGCCCUGCAGCCGGCUGCCGCCAUCCUUGCACUGCUCCCUGCACUUGGCCUGCUGCUCUGGGGCCCGGGCCAGCUGUAGGCUCUGGGGGGCCCCGCUGCAGCCCACACUGGGUGUGGUGCCCCAGGCCCCUGUGCCACUCCUCACACACCUGGCCCAGUGGGAGCCUGUCCUGGUUCCUGAGGCACAUCCUAACACAGGUGUGACCAUGUACCUCUGUGCCCCUGUCCCCGCCCUGACCCUCCCAUGGCCCUCCCACCCGGGAGAUCCCACCCGGCAGAUCCAGGACUCCCACCCGGGAGAUCCCACCCCGCAGAUCCAGGACUCCCACCCGGGAGAUCCCACCCGGCAGAUCCAGGACUCCCACCCGGGAGAUCCCACCCGGCAGAUCCAGGACUCCCACCCGGGAGAUCCCACCUGGCAGAUCCAGGAAUCCCACCCGGGAGAUCCCACCCGGCAGAUCCAGGAAUCCCACCCGGCAGAUCGG